GCGGGGAACCGUGUGUGGUAGACGUGGAGGGUGUACACGCCGCCGCUGUUUACAGAAGUGAAAAAAAAUGUAAAUAUCCCGUGAAAAUUCGUAUCCCAUCUCUGUGCCAUAAAAAAAACUAUUUAUUCUUAAGUACAACAAGUUAUUUAAUAACCCAAUCGAGAUAUAAAAACAAACGUAACAAGAAAAAAAACAACAAAAAAACAAAACAAAAGGACCAUAGAUCAUUUUGUGAUUUUACGAGUUUAUAAUCACAAUUACUGAUCCUUAAAUCGCUUGAACAUACGUCAAGAAAUAAGAAAAAUUAAAUAAAAAUAGAGAAACAAUCAACAAAGAGAGAAAUUCUUUUCAAAUCCCACCAAGAUUUUCAAGGGAUUUUCAAGAAUUUCGAGGAAAAGGAAAGACCAGCGGCUUAUCCGAAGAGACAGAAAUAAUCCUUUAUACUCUAGUCAUGCAGCAAAGAAUGCGUAAGAACCCGAAGGACAGUAUUUUAUCCAAGAACAAUGUUAACUCCAAGGAUAAUGACGUCAGCGGAGUAUCACUGAGAGGAGCUGAGAGGAAGAUAUAGUCAUAGUCACAGAAGAUCAUGGUGUCGUUAAUACAUGCCGUAGAUAACCCACCACCUGCCAAGAUGUCGUACAUGGGCAUGAGCCAGCACAUCGACUUCGACAACCUGCCUGACCCCAACACGCGCUACGAACUCCUGGAGGUCAUCGGCGAGGGCACGUAUGGCGAGGUCUUCGCUGCCAAGGACCAUGAGACGGGCUCCAUGGUCGGCAUCAAGAUCAUGGAGAACAUCGGGGAGAACCUUGAGGAGAUCGAGGAGGAGUUCCUGAUCCUCCGGGACCUCAGCCUCCACCCGAACCUGCCGGCCUUCCACGGGAUCUUCCUCAAGCGCGGCAACAAGCAGGAGGAGGACCAGGCGUGGAUCGUCAUGGAGCUUUGUCCCAGGGGUUCAGUGACAGACCUUGUUCAAGCACUCAUAAGACGAGGCCAGCGACUGACGGAACAGCAGCUUGGUUACAUUCUCAAGGAAACCAUUGAUGCCAUGGCAUACCUGCACCAGAACCACUGCAUGCACCGCGACAUCAAGGGCCACAACAUCCUCCUGACCGACCAAGGGGCCAUCAAGAUCAUCGACUUCGGCGUCAGUUCCCACCUGUCCUCGACGUGGGGCAGACGCAACACCUCCGUUGGAACACCUUACUGGAUGGCCCCUGAGGUCAUCGCGUGUGAGCAACAGCUGGACUACAGCUAUGACGUCCGCUGCGAUGUCUGGUCCCUGGGCAUCACCGCUAUCGAGCUCGCCGACGGAGAACCGCCCCUUUCCGACGUCCAUCCCAUGAGGGCGCUGUUUCAGAUCCGCCGACAGCUGACCCAGCUGCAGGACGACCUCAGGAUCAAGAACCAGCUGGUGCAGAAGGACCCCGAAGCCACGAUCAAAGGGGGGGCGCUGAAGGCAGACCGGAAGACCAAGAGGACGCCCAUUUGGAUGGAUGAUCUGGCCAGCUUGGAGAAGCUCUCGGAGGAGAUCAUCGUGGAUCACCUGAACCGGCGCUACGACACCAACCAGAUCUACACCUACAUGGGGGACAUCCUCAUCGCGGUCAACCCCUUCAAGGAGAUUGGAGUCUACGGAGAGAAGGAAUCUCGCAUGCACCGAGGUAUGGGCAAGAGCGAGAACCCUCCCCACAUCUACGCCAUGGCAGACAACAGCUACCACACGAUGCUGCACCAGAAGCAACAGCAGUGCAUCGUUAUAUCGGGGGAGUCGGGAGCCGGGAAGACGGAGAGCGCUAAUUUCCUGCUCAAACAGCUGGUCACACUCGGCAAGGCACCCAACAGAAACCUCGAAGACAAGAUCCUGUUAGUCAACCCCAUCAUGGAAGCCUUCGGGAACGCCAAGACGGGAAUCAAUGACAAUUCCUCGAGGUUCGGAAAAUACCUGGAACUGACCUACACCCGCCUCGGCAAAGUCACGGGAGCCAAGAUUUCCGUCUACCUUCUGGAGCAGUCGAGGGUGGUUCACCAGGCGAAGGGCGAGCAGAAUUUCCACAUCUUCUACUACCUGUACGACGGUCUUGAUGCCGAGAACAAGCUCAUGCAAUACAGUCUUGACAAGAGCAAGCGAGAUAAACACCGAUAUCUUGCUGGCGCCGCGUGGAGUAAGGAGAAGAGUGAGGCAGCCGUGCAGCAGUUCAACAAGGUAGUCGAGGGUUUCACGUCCCUAGGCUUCCGCGACGACGAGCUAGACUCCGUGUACAGGAUCCUGGCGGCCAUCAUCAACCUGGGCGACGUCGAAUUCUAUCAGACGAUCGACAAGGACAACAUGGAGCAGGCGGCGGUGAAAAAUGUGGAGCAGAUUAAGAUCGUAUCGGAACUCCUGGGCAUCGACCCGGCGGACCUGGCGGACGCCCUGACCUCCAACAGCGUGGUGACGAAGGGCGAGAUCAUCACGAGGAACAACACGGUGGAGGAGGCGGUGAGCACGCGGGACGCCAUGGCCAAGGCGAUGUACGGGAGGCUCUUCGACUGGAUCGUUAACAACAUCAAUCGACUGCUGUCCUUCUGCAGGAUUGUGUACGGAGACAGUCUAGCCGUGGGUCUCCUGGACAUCUUCGGCUUCGAGAACUUCGAAAUCAACUCCUUCGAACAGCUGUGCAUCAACAUCGCCAACGAGCAGAUCCAGUAUUUCUUCAAUCAGCAUAUUUUCACGUGGGAGCAGCAGGAGUACAUGUCGGAGGGAAUCGAGGUGAAUAUCGUGGAAUUCGCCGACAACCGCCCCAUCCUGGACAUGUUCUUGGCCAAGCCGAUGGGUCUCCUUGCCCUGCUUGACGAGGAGAGUCGGUUCCCACAAGCGAGUGAUCAGUCUCUUGUUGGUAAAUUCCUGUUCCAGUGCCCGCUCACUAAGACGGGCAACCUGUACUACGCCACCCCCCGCGCCUCGCCUCGCAGUACGAUAAGCGACAGGCCCAAAUCUCGCCAGGGAAGCACCAAAACACAGUACGACAGCCGCGGCCUGGCCUCGCAGACGAAGGCGCAGCAGACGGUGGCCACCUACUUCAGGUACUCGCUCAUGGACCUCCUGCAGAAGAUGGUGAACGGGACGCCGCACUUCGUCAGGUGCAUCAAGCCCAACGACGAGAAGCUUCCCAAUAAGUUCGAUGGCAAGAAGGUACAACGUCAGCUGCGUUACGCGGGCGUGAUGGAGACCGUCAGGAUCCGUCAGCAUGGCUACUCACAUCGCAUUCCCUUCGCUGAGUUCCUACGAAGAUACUGCUUCUUGGCCUUCAACUUCGACGAGCGCGUGACGGCCUCGAAGGAGAACUGCCGCCUCCUCCUCAUCCGCCUCAAGAUGGACGGCUGGGCGAUCGGCAAGACGAAGGUGUUCCUCAAGUACUACCACGUCGAGUACUUGGCCAAGAUGUAUGAGAAGCAGAUCCGGCGUGUGAUCCAGGUGCAGGCGUGCGUCCGGCGGUGGCUGGCCCGCGUCAGGUACCAGAAGCAGAAGUGGGCCCUCGCGCGCUCCGUCAUCACGCUCCAGAGGUACACACGAGGCUGGAUCAUCCGCAAAAAAUACCAAGACGAAAUUCACAAACCGGCAGCCAUCCCCCCUCCCCCCACCCAGAAGGCCCCGGCACCCCCACCGCCCACCGAGAAGACGCAGCAGAAGGACGCAGCGCAAUGGAUGAAGGCGAAGAUGAUGGGCGCCCUUGGAGCUCAGUCCUCGCUCGACAGUGAACCCAAGAAGGAGGCGAAGGAGGUGAAGAGGGAAGCCCCGAAGCCUCCAAGGACCCCGAAGACGAAGGAGACCAUGUCGGAGGAGGAAGCGGCCGUUAUUAUCCAGUCUCGUUUCCGCGGGCACCUGACGCGGCUGGAGUGGGGACCGGCCCUUGAGGAGAGACUGAAGAAAUUGGUUGAGAAACAUAUUGAUAACGCAGAAGAAGCUUCUAAGGCUCUGGAGGCGGAGGGCCUGUCGCCAGAGGAGGCGGCGAUGAUCAUCCAGAAGUUCUGGGGAAAACACAAGAAGGAGAAGAAGAAGAAGGAGGAAGAGAAGGAGAAGGAGAAGGAGACUCUCGAACCCAAGAAGGACCUCGGACGCUACACCAACAGCAAGAAAAUGACGAGUCUUAUCAUGUUCUCGGAGAAGGUGCACAUGUCCAACCAGGAAACCCACAAGUACCUCCGACGCCACAAGGCCGGGAUACGCAUGGAGGAGAUCAAGGCCGCGCCCAAGGACUACCAGAGGCCCAAGGGAUUCGACCACAUCCCGCAAGUGAUCCACGAGCAGCGGAAGAGAGGAGCUCCGCAGCCCCCGAUUUCCGCCAACCGACCUGUCAUCAAGAUCACUUCAACGGACGAAAAAAUCUCCGAAUAUUACGAUUUCUUGCAAGAGGAAAUGAGAAGAGCUGCUGGGAGCACGGAGACUGUUGCGAGCACUGAGACCACUAAGACCUCCGAGACCCCCGAGACCACUGAGACCGCCGAGACGCCCGAGAGCAAGGUGGACCUUCGGGAGGAGAAGAUGAAGGUGUUGAAGGAGGGUCUGGUUAAUCAGAACAUGGCAAAUCAGGAGAAAUCGGAAGAGCAUUUAGUCAAGUGGAAAGGCGCGGUAGCAUUCGGCGCCGGCGUUCCCCCGCCCGAGCUGGUGCCCAAAGGGCGCGUGACCCCAACCACCAACAUGAAAGCGGCUUCGGAUCUCCGCCAGAUGCUUCGUUCGAACGGGGCAUCGGCCAAGGCGAAGGCCCCGCCCCCUCCGGCCCCAGCAGGCCCCGGCAAGGUUUCAACUGACGACGACGCGGGUCCUUACAACUUCAGACAGUUACUGAGGAAGACCAACUACGCUCCUACAGAUACUAUUAGGAAGAGGAAACUUAAGAGGGACGGAGUCAAUGGGUAUGGAUCAGAGUACCAGAUGUAAAUCAUGAACUAUAUUAAUGUAAAAUGUAUUAAUGAGAGUGUAUUUAUUUAUAUAUUUGUUCUGUCGACCUUCGUAUUGUUUUCUUGUUUUUGUUUUUGUUCGGUUUGUACCUCCCGCCUAACGGUAAUGAAGGAGGAUGACAUAUAGAUAUUUGAGACAAUAUUUGAAUAUAAGAGAGAGAAAUAUAGACCAUAUGUUCUUAAAUGUUUUUCGCCUGAUAAAACCCACUCCACCCCUUUUAAUUCCAUUGUAAAAGCCCUGUAGUAUGUCGCAUAUCACCCUCCAAGGAACAAAACCAGAAACCCCCAUAAUAAAAACCCUCCUCUUUGAAUUAGAAAGUGAAAACAAAACUCCAUCCACAGUAGCACCUGUUUCGUAAUAUAGAAUCCUAAUGUCUUUUCUCACCACAGAGAGUAAGCAUGCAGUACGCCCAACCCCAAGAUACAACAUCCUCUCAAGAUAUUUGUUUUUAACUCUGACCCUGGGUUAAAGGCAGAUAUUUGCAGAAUUCUGUUAUUGUUGUUGUUAUUGUUGUUGUUUCUCCAUCUAAACCGCCCCCCCCCACGAUUCCCUUUAUCCUCAGCCUCCCAGCCAUUAAAGUCAUAGCCAUCUAUAUAUACACUUUUGGCAUAUAUAGAUCCUUUUUCCAACUAGAUUGAUGCUAUUGGUAGUAGUUAUCUUGAGAAUUAUGUCGAUAAAUUUGAUAAUAUGACAACGGUUUCAUCACUGUAAAGAAAAUUUUAUGAAUAGACUUGUGAUUUGUGUUUCAUAAUCGCCCAUUUAAAUGAACUGUAGGAUGUCUUCAAUGUAGGGUUGUUCCCCCAAUAAUGAUUGUGUGUGUUCUGUUAUACAUAUUCCGUCGUUAUAUAUUUUUCGUUAUUAAUAGUUUUGAAGAAAAAGAUUCGUGUACCGUAGCAGUGAAAAAGAAAAGUAUUGUAGUUGUGAAAAAGUGAGAGUAAUGUAUUGAAAAAAUAAGGGUUUAUACACUGUAGUUGUAAAAAAAAUAAAGUUUAUGAAUCGUAGCGGUUAGAUGUGAAGAAGGAAGGUAGCUGUGAAAAGUUUUAUGAAACGUAGCAGUGAAAAAGGAACAACUAAUGUACUGUAGCUGUGAAUAAAGAGGUUUUAUGUUCCGUAGCAGUGAAAAAAGGAGGGAUAUGUAUACUGUGAAAAAUUAAAUAGGUCCAUGUAGAGAGGUCUUAUUUAUUUUGUUUAUAGCGGUGAAAAAAAAGAGAUUUACGUAGGUCGUUUUCAUGCUAGUCAUUUUGCUCUUGAUUCAAAGAGCUCUUAAUAUUAAUGAUUGUCACUUUCUGAUUUAUCCCGUUUGGUCUGUGAACGAGAUUUUGUUAGACAAAGCCUUAUAAAAAAAUAAUUGUCUUUAUUAAGGUUUCUCGUUAUAACAUUAUGCAUUCCGAUUGAUUUAAUGGCAUUAAUUAAAAAAAUAUUGAAAUUAUGUGUUAUAUUUUAAGAAACGAAGGUAUUCCGAGUUAUUGAGACAAUACUCUUAUGUGUCUGCAUAUGUUAUAAUUACCUUCAGUGACUGAAAACUUUUGGAUGGAAAAGGCUUGUGUGAGAGAACAGCAUGUCAGCUUUUAUCCCAAUAAAGAACAUUA